GGUCGGCCGGGAGCAGGUCUCUCUCGUCAGCACCUCCUUCGUUUUGAAAGGGGACGCGUCUCACAACCAGGCGAUGGUGCACUGGACGGGCGAGAACAGCAGCGUGAUCUUGAUCCUUACCAAGUAUUAUCAUACUGACAUGGGGAAAGUUCUGGAGAGUUCUCUGUGGAGGUCUUCAGAUUUUGGGACAUUAUACACAAAGUUGAAUCUGCAGCCUGGGAUUGCCACUGUUAUUGACAAUUUCUACAUUUGUUCCACCAACAAAAAGAAGAUAAUUCUUGUAAGUUCUUCCCAUAAUGACCGCGACCAAAGCCUUUUCAUAAGCACAGAUGAAGGAGCUACUUUCCAGAAACAACCCAUCACUUUCUUUGUGGAAACUCUCCUUUUUCACCCAAAAGAAGAAGAUAAAGUACUUGCUUAUACCAAGGAAGGCAAGAUUUAUGUGUCUAUUGACUUAGGGAAAAAAUGGAACCUUCUGCAGGAACGAGUUUCUAAAGAUCAUUUUUUUUGGGCUGUUGCUGGAGUUGACGGGGACCUUGAUCUAGUUCAUAUGGAAAUCCAGGACCCCACUGGAGGUUAUCGCUACAUCACUUGCCAGAUUCAAAAUUGUUCUGAUAAGACAAUGACAGUCCCAUUUGCCAGCAGCACUGAUCGGGAUUCCCUGACUGUGCAGGAUGACUACAUAUUUCUUCAGACAACAUCAGCAAAUCGGACCAAGUAUUACGUGUCUUACCGUCGAAAUGGCUUUGUACAGAUGAGGUUGCCAAAAUACGCAUUGCCAAAAGAUUUACAGAUAAUCAGUACAGAUGAAAACCAGGUGUUUGUGGCUGUACAGGAGUGGUACCAGACAGACACAUACAACCUGUACCAGUCUGACCCACAAGGUGUUUACUACUCCAUCCUGCUGGAGAAUGUCCGGAGCACGAAGCAGCCAGAAGAAAAUGUCCUGAUAGAUAUUCUGGAGGUCAGAGGUGUAAAAGGAGUCUUUUUGGCCAACCAGAAAAUUGAUGGGAAAGUAACGACUCUGAUAACCUACAACAAAGGCCGUGACUGGGAUUUUCUAAACCCUCCAGACACCGAUAUGAACGGCAAACCGACCAACUGCAAACCUCCUGAUUGUUACCUUCACCUCCAUCUCCGGUGGGCAGACAAUCCCUAUGUGUCAGGCACAGUGCACACCAAGGACACGGCACCAGGGCUCAUCAUGGGGGCAGGUAACCUGGGGUCCCAGCUGGUUGAGUAUAAAGAAGAGAUGUACAUAACAUCUGACUGUGGGAACACGUGGCGCCAGGUCUUUGAAGAAGAGCACCACAUCUUGUACUUGGACCAUGGUGGAGUUAUUGUGGCUAUCAAAGACACCUCGAUCCCUCUGAAAAUACUCAAGUUCAGCAUAGAUGAAGGCCAGACCUGGAGCACACAUAAUUUCACCAGCACUUCUGUCUUUGUAGAUGGGCUACUUAGUGAACCUGGAGAUGAGACACUGGUCAUGACAGUCUUUGGACAUAUCAGCUACCGUUCAGACUGGGAACUGGUGAAGGUGGACUUCAGACCAUCCUUCCCCAGGGAGUGCACUGAUGAAGACUAUGAGUCUUGGGAGCUCACAAAUCUGCAGGGUGAUCGUUGCAUCAUGGGCCAGCAGAGAAGCUUUCGAAAGAGGAAGAUUUCAUCAUGGUGCAUUAAAGGGAAGAGUUUCACAUCGGCUCUCACAUCCAAAGUUUGUGAAUGUGUGAACACUGAUUUCUUAUGCGAUUAUGGGUUUGAGCGCUCUGCACCUCAGAAGUCGGAGUCGAGCAAAUGCUUUGCUGACUUUUGGUUUAACCCAGAAGCACCUCCUGAAGACUGUGUCUUGGGGCAGGCAUACACCAGCAGCACUGGGUACAGGAAAGUUGUUUCUAAUGUGUGUGAAGGUGGAGUAGACCUGCAGCAGAACUUAGCGCACCAUAUGUGUCCAUUGAUUGCUCCCAAGGGACUUCAGAUCAGCAUCAAAGAAGAAAGUCUGGCUGUUAGGCCAGGGGAAGACAUCACCUUCAUUGUCCAACAAGAGCAGGGUGAUGUAUUGAGUACCAAAUACCAGGUAGAUCUUGGAGAUGGCUUUAAGGCGAUAUAUGUGAACCUGACGAUGACCGGAGAGCCCAUCCGUCACCGCUACGAGAAUCCUGGGAUUUACCGAGUGUCGGUGAAGGCUGAGAAUGUGGCUGGGCAUGACGAGGCUGUGGUGUUCGUCCAAGUCAACUCUCCACUCCAGGCUUUAAAUUUAGAAGUGGUUCCAGUCAUUGGGAGAAACCAAGAGGUGAACCUGACAGCCAUCAUACUGCCUAAGAACCCUAAUUUGACAGUUUUCUACUGGUGGAUAGGAAACAAUCUUCAGCCACUGCUUACAUUGGAGAGUUUUCUGGUGACAAAGUUUGUUGAGACAGGCGAUGUCAGAGUCACAGUGCAAGUUUCCUGUGGGAGCUCUAUGCUUCAGGACUCAAAAGUUGUCCACGUUUUUGAUAAUUUUCAUGUUCUUCCUCUGAAGUUUACAAAGCACCUGGACACGUACAACCCCGACAUACCGGAGUGGAGGGAAGACAUUGGGCGGGUAGUGACGCGACUUCUUGCAAAGGAGACCAGUAUACCUGAAGAAACACUCGUGACAGUUGUGAAACCUGGUCUGCCCACAGCUGCUGACUUGCAUGUGCUACUACCAGCAAAUCAACCAAAGAAGAAGAGAAGCAUAACUAGUGAUAAGAGAAUAGCAGCUAUAAAGCAGGCCCUGAAUGCACACAACAUCAGUUUCUUUCUGAGGGGAGGAUACUGGGUCUUAGUGACUUUAGCUGACUCCGGUUCAGACUCUCAGAGGAUUGGAGGAGGCAGUGGCUACUGGGCUAUUGUGGUUCUCUUUGUUAUUUGUCUAGUUGCAGUUGGGGCUUUCAUCCUCUACAAGUUCAAAAGGAAACUGCCAGGCAGAAAUGUCUACGCCCAGAUGCACAAUGAAAAAGAGCAGGAGAUGACAAGCCCUGUUAAUCACAGUGAGGACACCCAGAACAUCAUCCAGGGUGAGGAGUUUAUUGAUGAUGAUCUGGACUCUCAAACACUAGGUAACGCAAGAGUGACUCCUUCUGGGAGAAGUGGCAACUUGAACAGCUACAGAGUUCCCUUAUUGCUGAUGCCGGUCAGUGUCCAGUCCCAGGCAAUCACUCAGGCGUGGUUUUGAGCAUCAACUCCAGAGAGAUGCACAGUUACCUGGUUAGCUGAUAUUUGCAGCUGAACACAAAAACCGAAAGACUCUUCUCUGUACCGUUUUAUUUUUUCCCUGGUGAUGUCCCAAAAUUGCAAAUAUGGCUGUAAAUGCUGAUGGAGAGGAGGUUUCUUAUCAGUCCUGUGGAAAAAAGCAUCCAACAUCAGUUACCAAGGGCGAAGCAUAACAUGUCUUGUGUUCAGUCCAUGGCCUGGGAACUCAUUGGGGUUGAAACUCAAACUAUGGUAGCAAAUUUGUAGCCCCAGGCACUUUCAAUGCCACCUUGUUUCUUUUCUGUAUGUAUAUGCUCUAUUUCUUUAUGUUUAUUUUAGAAUGGUUGACUGUAACUUUUUAAUUAUAUUUUUAAUGGAGGUAUUCAGUGGGAGGCUGGGAGUCUUCAGCCCGAAAAGCUGGUUUUUACACAAGUGACUAGACCAGAACAGAUGGUUGGUUGAUCACAAUGACGAUUUUUUUAGGAGGGCAAGUGUUUCUGUACCGGGAAAGGCCUGAGUGAGAGACAGAUGCACUCCUAGUUGAGACAAGCUCUUAACUUAAGCAUGUGUGAGACAAUCUAACAAAUUUAGGCUUAGGCCCUCCUGAGGAUUAAAGGAAGUAAAAUGUUAAUUAGGAUAUCUCGUAAUAUACAACAAUGCCCUUGUAAGUGUAGCAAGUCCUGACAAGCUAUCAGCACCAGUAUCUCCCCCAGUCCCACCACAUGUGAAAGAAAAACACCAGCUUGAUGCUAUUUCCAGACCAGGUGCCUUCACUUGCGGACAGUCAUUUUAGUUGCUCUUUUCUUUUCUCCUGAGCGAGCCCCUCUAGGAUGACGGCAGCUGCCAGAUGAGUUAUCCUAUGAAACCCUAGGCUGCUGGCCUGUCUCUUUUUAAAUUCCCUGAGAGUGUAAAUACCUCUUUUAUGCAGCUUUCUUUGUAUGGUUAUUUUUUUAAAACUUCCUAUUAGGGCAGCUGUGCCAGGUGGGUCAGAGUUCUGCUCCAGGAAGGGCUGGGUAGCACUGCCAUCUCCUUCCCACACCAUCCCUGUUCAGGAUUUCCUCUGGCAUUUGCCCUUGUUGGCCGGAGUGGGCAAACCCCAACCUGACAUUUUCCGCUUGGGUUGGUUUGACAAUCCAAAGGGUCAUGGGGAUGAUGGGAAGGGAUUUGGGGCUUCCUGUUUCCUUACAGGUUGUCCCUCAGUCCCUACUACCACUGGCCCCUUUUCCUGCAGGGAGGGCAGGGGGAGGGCUCCAGGCGGGGCUGCCUGCAGAAAGGCUUGUGAGUCAGGUCCUUGUUUCCUCAUCCCAGUUUUGUCGGUUGGGUCAGAGUUUCCAAGUCUCAACCUCUGCAUCCCUAGGGAAUGGCAGUGCAGUGAAUCCACAAUCCUCUUUUUUCUCUGUGGUUUCUUUUAGCCAUGUAGGAAAACAAGUGUGGUGUGGUGAGUUUAAAUGUCUGGCAUCCUGUCUGUCACAGCUGCCUGGGAUUAGGAUGCUUCUCUCAGAAACCUAUAUAAUCUCCUCACUUUUUGCCUUUGAUAGAGAAUAAAUAACUCCGUACUCACUGAAUGUCAUACUGAUGCUAGUGACAAGCUCACACACCAUCUUGUUUAAGAAGGAUACAGAUAGUGCAUCGUCCAGAAUAUGCAAACAGAAACUAACAAAUGCUGGUCAAAUAGAAAAGAACUGUCUCAAAAUCACUGCAUUGGAAUCAUUCUUCCGUGUAGCUGUGAAUAUAGAGCAUACUAUCAUCAAAUGCAGCGGAUUGGGAUGUUGUAAUUCAGUGUAGUACUGUAGGCUCUCACGAACCCGAUAGGAUGUAUGUGUAAAGCACAAGAAAAUCUAGAUUAUAAACUUACUGUAAGGAACUAGGUGGAAAAGUUAGAGUGAAGAUUCUGAAAAGCACUUGCAAACCGCUCAGGAAAAGAAUUACAAAACUUGUUCUAAAAUCUCUGCCUAUUUAGUUGUAUAGUGCCACGUAAACUUAACAGAGAAGCAAUGGCCUGGCUGGCUGUUGUAUGCCAGACUGUGGAAAUCCAAGGUUUUAAAUGUAUCUGAGUCUGGGUUUCUUGAAGAGAAGUGCAUAUACAAAACAUGCUGCAAAUUGGAAACUCUUGGGAUCGUUGCACCAGGGGCUUUCCCUCCUCACCCGCUCUUCUUGCUUUUUCUAGUAGAAAUGAGCUGAGCAGAGAAUAAAAUAACAUUGCAAACAUCUUACUUGUUCCUGUGAAAUAAAACUGAAAUAGGUUGUUUGAAUAGGGCAGGUGAGUGGCAAACCAGCUUCAUGGACAAGGAAUGGGAUGGAAGCUCCAGCUUGGGGUUGUUCUCACAUGGUUAGUCUGAUUGGCAAAGGACUCUGCUGGAACUAGGUCACACAUUAAUUUAUGCUUUAGCAGCUACUUUUAUACAUUUAAUUCAGGGUGAUUUGAGUCUCUGAUCACAGCAGUCUUUUGGAACACGGUAGAAUAUAUAACUGCUCAGUACUCUAAUUAACACUUAGCACAAUGUAGUGCCUGUAAUAUUUUUUUCCAAUGCUUAAUAAUUUGAUUCGUGCAGCACUCCUGUGAGGUUGGUUUGUCAUGUCUUAAAAACACUGUUUUCUAAAGACAUGUUGGUAUUGCCAUAACUGUAUUAAUAAUACCCAGCAGAUAAUAAAGGAAGCCUUUGAUUUCCUCACAAGAAUAACUUUAAAAUGAAUUCUUUUAAAACUGAGAAAGUACUAUUAACAUUUUCUUGUUCAUGGUGUCUUGGUUUAUCUGUAAAUGAAAACACUCACUAGUGAUGGUUCUCAAAUCUCUUGGACUACAUCCACGAUAUCUUUACUAUUUAUCCUUUAUAUGUAUCUAAAAUCCUGAUACAUGAGUACUCAGAAACACAGAGUUGCUUCUAUGCACAAGUGCUAGUCACACCUGUGCGUGCACUCCUGCAGUAUUUGUACAUAUUUUAGUUAAAUUUUUCAGUGGUGAUGUGGUGGCUAAGAAACAAAAGAUGAUUGUCAGAUACCUGGAUUCUGUACCCAGACUUUGAGCAAGUUACUUCCCUUGUAUUGCUCCAGUUUCCCCACCUAUAAAAUGGGGCUGAUAAUAAUUACCUACCUCACAGGGGUAUUGUGAGGCUAAAUUAAUUACUGUUUGUUCAGAAUCAUCAGAGCUAAAGAAUUUUGUGAGCAUAAAUUAUUAAUGGUUUCACUGUCUGCGUUUUACUUGUAAUUAUCACUGUUCUUAAAAGUUCUCUACGGAAACCAGCUGCAAUUAUGUAUAAAUGUAAAAAAUGCAUAAUUCAAAAAAGGUGCAUCACUGGUAAAAAAGGAAAAAAAAAAAAGGUAAUUUUGUUUAAACACUGCUAUUGGAACAUACUGUUCUGUGGUAGCUCUGCAAGAUUGGCUGUGAUCUUGCUGUUCCACACUAGUGUUGUCAACUCCUCUGCAUUGUUAUUUGAUCAAAAAUCCUUUAGAAGUGGGUACAGUGGUAUUUAUUAGCACUGAUAUUGAACUAUACUGUAUCCAAAAAAAAUGGCAGUGUACUGGCCUCAUUGGCCUCUUUUGGCCUUGUUAAAAUCUGAUGUAUUUGCAAUUUGAAAACCACUAUGUUUUUCACAGUGCUCCAAGCAGUAUUAUCUGAAGCAUUCUAACAGAGCCAUCAAGAUUUACAGCUGUUAUCUUUGCUUUCUCUUUUGGCAUUGAAUGUUUUAUAUGGCUUUGGAACAGCCUGCCCAUAUGAAGUACUCAGAAAUGCUCUGAGGACAUUUAGGGAAAAUGCACAGUGUUAAUUAUUUUUUCAGCAAUAUAAGCAAUAUAAACCAGUGUAUAUUUUUAUACUCUGUUGAAGAGGGUGGUGGAAAUGGCUGCGAAGAAAUAGAGGGUACCAGCCUGAGAAGAGAUGUUGCUGUUAUUCACAAUUCACAUCCGAUUUCUUGGAACUCUUUUAUUAUAUUCUCAUUGAAUAAAAACUCAUUGAAUUCUCAUUGAGUAAAAACUCAUCCUUCUUGAUGAGUUUUCUUCUUUCAAUGACCUGUGUAAUGAAGAGUAAGCUGUUUAUUCAUAUAAAGUAGUUGAUUUGUUAACUAACUGUCCUGUAGACAAAGACAAAUCAGUGCUUUGCCGUUGGUAGUUCCUAGUGCAAAGCAGUUUUCAUCUGACAUGAUUAUCAUGGUUAGCUAUGUUUUCAGUCCAAUGAGAACUUCUUUUAGUGGGAACACUACUACUGUAUGCUGUAUCUUUAACAGACGUCAAUAGAAUGGAACUGCAGUAGUUCUUGUCCACCUUACACAAAUACAUGCUCAAAGAAAUAUUUGGGAAAAAGAAAAUCUUUAUGAGAAAUUAAAUACAUGCAUUUGGUUGCAGUAGCUUUUUGAUGAUGAACCAGAGGUUCUGAUAAGUUUUGAAUUUCUAGUGUUAUUUCAAGUCAAUGUUUCUAAGUAGAUAGAAUCAAUGACAGUCAUAUCAAUGAAUAUCAAUUCAUCAUAUCAUAUCAAUGAAUCAAUUUCAGUCAUAGAUUUUUCCUAUGUUUCCUAUUUAAAAAGUUUUGUAAUUUUCAUUAUUGAGACUUCAGGGGAGAAGAGAGACUAAACAUUUUAUUUCAUUGCACAGUCCCUGCCAGUUGGAGUUAUUAUAGUUGUUUUAUGGUAUAUUGAUUGAUACCAUUGUAUUGUUUCCAUAUUCAUUUUUAUUUCAGCAUUUUAAAUGAAAGGAAGUGCCCAUUUCUCUCAAAAUAUUGGAUUUCCACCAGGAUGAAACUUAUAAACAUUUACCUUUAUAAAUCUUCAUUUUUGAGUUGCAAAUUUUUGUUUUGUCUUUUAAGUCCAUCCAAAAAGCUGCUUCCUGGCUCAUUUUAUCUCUUUCAGACCCAGUUGUGUAUUGCUUUUACAACUUUCUUCAAGAGACUGGCACAUAGCCAGUACUAGUCUGAGAAUACCUAAGACUUUCAUUAGAAUGGCAUUCAGUUGACUAUAAGUAAGGUCUAGUCAGAUUAUUUUCUUAAUGUUAAGUUUGUAUUUUCAUGUUUUGUAUUUCUUUUCGGUAUCUUAGCAUUUGCCCUCUCAGUGCCAUUCAAAUGCGUUUUUAUUCCUGUCAUGGUUUUGAGUUAUUUUUAGACUAUAAUUAUCAAAGUGACAAAUAACUCAGACCCCCGGUUAGCUUUUGCAGUUAAUAGCCUAACGCUGCAGUCUUUGGAAGAUGUCAAGCUGUGCCCUCUCAAAUUUUUAAUCUUCUGUCCCAAGGCAGCCUCUCUGCCCAGCUGAUCAGCUCAGCAGCAUUGUCUCCAGUUGCGUGUGCAUGUUCAGGCUGGAGGGGGUGCAGAGACAGCCUAGAGCAGCCCAUUUCCCAAAUCUGGAUGGGAAUGUCAUGCAAAGCUCUUACUUGUUUCUUCUUUUCAAGUGUGUUGCGUAGGUAGAGAGGAUGGUGCUUAUUACUGGGGAAAGAAGAACCUGUAAUGCUACUUCAGGCUGCUCUGGAGGCUCAAGAAUGCAUCCGCUUGGAAUAUUCUUCCAUUGAAAUUGAUAUGUGCAGCAAGUUCAUUUUUUUUAAUGUGAGAUCUCAUUUCUGUAAAUCUUCAGUCACAACUUUUUUUUCCCCUCCUGUUAAAUGGAGUAACAAAUUACUUAAACUAUGAAUUGUGGAGCCAUGUAUGACUUCCAUUCUUUUCAUCCCUUUUUUUUCCUAGGUGAAGCUUGUCAGCAUUACUGUUUCCAGCUAGUUUAUCUGCUGGUAGCUGAGAUGAUCUUCUGUAAGACAGGAUCAAACAUAAGCAAUACUGGAAGGCUUAAAAUGUGUAUUCUGAAAUACAACGACAUAGGUGUGUGAAAAAAGUCAUUAUCAAGGAGCUGAUAUGGUUUGCAUUAAAUACUUUUUGAUAGCAUCUCUAAAAAUACAUACCCUUAAUUGCAAACUCUUUGCCUCUUUCUCCUUCCAGAUUGAUUUUCUUUAAGAAGCAACAUUUACUAGCCCUGAAAAAAAGUGCAUUCUUUCCCUUACACAAAUAAUUUUGCUCAAUAUUUUUUCCUUGCAGCACUCACAUUUCGCACAAACUUCAUCUGUCUUGAUCAGCCUUGAUUUCUGAGUUUCUGUAGAAUUUGCAUCUUUACACUGAUUGCUUGCAAUACAGUGGACAUAAAGCUCUGUUGAGCAGCAAUAAUACAGGCAGCAGUACAUGGCAUUGCUUAAAUAAUGUGCCUUUUUUACACAUAUUUUUAACGGUAUAAUGAGUAUACUAACCACCAGGAAGGCCAGGCAUUCCAAAUAACUUUCUUAGCAUGUCUUAUAUUUCUAUGUUAUUUGUUGCUAAUUUUAGCCAGCUUUUGAUACUUAUAUUUAGUUCUUACUGACAGUGUCUGCUCCUACAGAUCAAAGCAAAUGAAUUGGCUUAUUCACUUUUUAGAAAAAGUAUUAAUUCACACUGCUUAUUGAUUAAAAGAAUUUAAAAAGGAAAUCUUUCUGAAAUGGUGAAAGAUAACUUUUUAAUGAGGACAGCUCAUACAGGAAAACAGCCGGCUUAUAUCCAUGUGGCUUUUGAGAUAUUCUUGUUACGGAUUUUGAAUAGAAAGGACUGUUACAUCAGUAACAUGCACAUAGGCAGUUUGCAAAUGGCAAAACUAAUCCAAAGGAGAAUAUUGUAAUACACCACCUCAAUAUUUCAGGUUCACAUUAGGGCGUUUAAACAGUUAAAAUUACAGAAUAUCUUCACAAAUAAGAUUCCCAGGGAAUUACCAAAUUCACUGGCUCCAUUUACUUGUGAAUACAGUCCUCUCUUUGGGGUUAAUCUUUUGAGAUGCUGAAGUAGCAAAGUAACUGUUCAUGAAGUCACCUUCAUUGUUUAAUGCCUCCAAAUAUUUGCCAAGUAGUUUGUGAAACUAUAGGGGGAAAAAAAAAAAAAAGCCCAAAUUUCCACUCUUUUCUGUUUCUCCUCCUUUGCCCCCCACCCAUUCUUUUGUAGUCCUUCUGUUCUCUUUCAUUAUUGCUGCUGUUUGUGGCUCUGCCUUUGCCUGGCUUCUCCUGAUGACAGCUCUUUACAGUUCACUUUUUCUUGCUUGCUUUUUGUUCUGCUUUAUGUUACUGGGUUUUUAUUUGGAUAUGCACCCUACUGUGUCCCCACUGAUAGCAAGAAGAAUCACACUCUCUUCCCCAUUCCUGCCUCUCUAAGCUCUGCUGUAUUAUCUGAGUCAAUGAGGUUCCCUGUGCUUUGUGUCGCUGCUGUCCAUCCUUCCUGUUUCUUUCCCACUUUAGUAACUUCAAAUCCUUUCAGCUUUUAUUUUGGCUCUCAUUUUCUCUAAAUCUUUCUGGAACUCUUAUCUUUUGCCGUUCAAGAACUUCUCUCAGAUGUUCAUCCCAGAGAGCAGAUGCUUCUAGUUUGAGAUGUGGACGAGUAUUAUACUCCCUGAAAGAAUAAAAACCAGCAUUCCCUCUCUCUCACCAGUGUAUAUAUUGAUUUUGCCAUUGGUCUGUAGUGAAAUUAUGUAUUUAAUUGGCAGAGAUGGUUAUCUGUUAUCUCCCAAAUGAUUUCCUGUGCCUCCUUUUGGGUUACAGGCUGAGACAUGGUGCUCCCAUGUCCCAUGUCCUGGAGAACAGCAAGGGCUGGCUUGCUUUGCCAGCCUUGCAGUCUGGCAAAGAAUUGCAGCAAGGUACCGAAGGUACAGAAUUGCAGUAAGGUUGGGUAGAGACACCUUGCCAGACCACUGGGCUGCAUUUGUAUUUCAGUAUGGGAUAUGCUGAGGUCCAAGCUCAGACACAGCCUUUUAGAGAAAUUGUUACAACCCAAGGCUGAAGAAUAGGUGAAGUAAAGAGAAUUCUUUGUUGAUAGAGGGUUGGGAGCAAUAUGACUUGAUGGGUUUAUGGAAUGGGUCUUUAUGAACCUUUCCUAGAGGCCAGGGAAAGUGGCUGGGAUUCAAGUUCCAUAAAAUACAAAUUUAAGCAAAGCCACCGGAUUGAUUUGGCAGAAUCAUCACGCUGGAGGAGCUUGGAGAAUUGAAUGUGAGUAAGACAAUUGAAAGCUCAGCAGUAUCUUGGAAGGGUACAGCCUGUCUUAGGGAGUGUGAGUGAGAGAAACAUGGGAGGGAGGGGAGCACAGGGCUAAGCAGGGAGAAAGUCAGUGUUACCAGUGUGUAUGGUUUUACCACAUGUUGUUGAUUAGGUUUUGCUUAAGUCUUGAAGCUUACUUUAAUUUGUAAUGGCAACUAUUUAAUUUUGUUGGUUGCACGCAGAGACUUUAAACCCUUAAUCUAAAUUGAUGCAGCACAAGGAACACACAAAAUUAUCACCAUCGCUGCCAAUAAUUUAAGACAGAUCUGACUUGCAGCAACAUCCCACCUGAAGUGCAUGGAAAAGAUUUUACUUUCGGAGCCAAGGUGCCUGUUAUGUGUGCUCCAGAUGAUUGUGGGUCAUUUGCUAAUGGUGUUUCUCCCUAGCACAGCACUGAGCUAGGAGACAAGGGAAAAGAGUUAUUUUAUAAAGUCUGUGUCUUGCAUUUAUACUGUUUAAACAUAAUUUGCUAGAAUGCCUCUAUGAGCUGUAAUUUUAUAAUGUUUAAAGAAGAUGAAUGGAGCUGGUGUAGUAUUCCUGAGGGUAAACACCAGUGACUGGAGUUUACUGAACAUGUGACUAGAAAUUUUAAUUUUAGGAACAGAGAGUUCCUCCAUUUCAUAUACGCACCAGCCCUUUGAGUACAGAUCCUUUUUUUCAUUUGUCACUGACAGGCUGUGGUUUAUUUCCUCAUGGGUGUAAAGUCAUGGGUUGUGCUUGCUGCAGUGCAGAAGGCUCUGGAGGGAAAACAUAAUUAAAUGGAGAAGUAUACUUGAAUUCUCCUCUCUUGAUCCCAGUCUUCUCUGAGUUGCUUUUCGCUGAUUGUCAUUCUGCCAAUAAACUGGGUUGAUUUUAAAAGGUGGUCAACUAAUUUUCAUCCUCUUCUGUGUGGCUGAGGAAAAAAUAAAUACCAAAAGCUUGCAGAGGAAUAGCAGAUUGGGGGAGGAUGGGGAAGUUGAUCAUCUGGCAGAGUGCUUUGGGAAGCUUCCACUUUUUAUGUUUUACUUACCAUUUAUUUUUACAAAUAUGUACAGUGCCUGUGAUUUACCUUUCCAUUAAACUUCAAUAGGUUUCUUUGCAGAAGGAGGUUUUAAAGAAUACCAUCCCAGUGCAUUGCAAGUGUGGGUUUAGGAGGCAGCAGGUGUUGCCCUUCCUCACCUAAAUAAAAUUAACUUGGUGUAAUUACUCUGCAUUAUUGAAGCAGCACUAGGAAUCUUGCUUCAUCCUAGAUUGGAGGAAUAUUUGGUGAGAUGACAGCUGGAAUGGGAGAAUUCUCCUUUUUAAGAGCGAAGGAUGGAAGCCAGCUUAUUAACAGUGUGUCUGUGGCUGUUCCAGCAGAGGUGGGUGCAAAGUCCUUAAUCUAGAUACAGACAGAUACAGAUAAAUCCAGAUACAGAUAAGUAUAGAUUUUGCUGGCAUUACCCGUGAAAACAAAAGGAGAAAAAAAUAGUAAUUAAACCAAGCCUAAAUAAUAUUUUGUGGCUAAUUAGAGCUGCAGCUCUUGGUAAGUAUAUGAAACCUGUUAAUAUGGAACAUUGUUUAUUUGGCAUUGCAGGGCCAAAUUCUACCCUAAUUUAUGGCCAUGCUGUUCCACAGAUAUUAUCAGUUCAGCUUUGUGUUACAGAAGAAUUUCAUCCACGGUGAAUUUGAAAAGCAACUGCAGGUUAAAAUCAGUCUUCUCAAUGAACCUGUGCUUACACAGGUUACUGACUGAUUUUCACCAUAAUUUUUAUUCCCAUUGCUAGCAUGAGAGUUCUUUGGAUAGAUGUAAGCUAAUUACAACCAAGGUAAAACUGAAUUUUUAAAUUGUUUAUGACUGUUUGGUCAGCCAAUGCUUAACACUGUAUCCAAGCAGAUUUUUUUGACCAAGGGGUUAUCCCACUCCAUCUGAAGGUUCUCAGCAUUCAUCAGUAUGAUAUAACCCCUGCCUUUAACAUAAACAACUACACAGUCCUCUCCUUCUGCCUUUGCACAUUCUAGUAUUUGCUAAAACAGAACAUGCCUUCUCCUAAUUUUGUUUCAGGUGACCUUGACUUUAAGCAGGUUUCUUUGUAUACGGUAACAGGGCUCAAGUGAAGAAUGAAAUAAGUCCAUAACUGGUGCGUUGUCAUAAAUGGGGAAAAGUAUUAUUUGUAUAUUUUUGUAAAUAUGUAACAUUUAAUGGCAGUUUUGUAGUGAUGUGCUGUUUUUGAGAAAAAGAAACAAAUAUAUGUUUGAAUAUGCUUGACGUAACACUUAACUGUGAUUCAAUUGCACAAGUAAUAGCUUAAUGAAAAGGUCUUGUGCAAUAUGUAGUGCACACACAUAACCAAGUAUCUGUUAGCGAUCCACAAGCAAGUUUUUGGCAACUUUUAACAAUGGUGAUGAACUGUGCAGUACAGAUUAUCACGGUCUCUUUCAGCUUCCAAACAUGUAGCAGGCAAACUACUGUAUACGUACCUGUGUACUCCACUGCAUCCAAAGGUAUGCAUUUGUCCUGAGAACCUGCACUCCAGGUUUUUCUUUAAUAAAAUUUGGUUCUAAA